UUGGCCGCCAGCGAGCACCGAGCCGGGCUGGGAGGGCAGAUGAUGUGAUGUGAUCCAAUACGGGUGGCCGGCUGCAGCUACGGGCGGACUGGCACUUAUAAGCGGCUGUCACUGCGGCCCUGCUCACUAACCGUGUCGUCGUGGGAUCGGACUCGCAGAAGCCCCCCCCCAGGCUGAGCCAAGCGCUCUAUCUGUCCAGUGUUUUUCCUGUCAGCCAUGAUGUCGGUACAGACUCCUCCCCUCUCCCGCUCUGGCUCCUCCCCCUCGAAUGUGGGCCUGACCAACCGCAGCGGCCCCUCCGCCACCCCUCCCACCUCCCUCAGCCUUCGUUCCUCUUACAAUCAACUUCUUGGACGUGACGUCUUCAAAGAGUCUGUCAGCAUGGAAACCGGAAGUUCAGCCACUUUACCCAAGAGCCGUCAGAGAUACGCCAUGACCAGUGUCCGUAGUGCCAUGGGGUUAAGUGAGAACUUGGCCCCAUCCUUUAAAAACCAACCUGCAACCAGAGGAAGGGGUCUCCCCACUAAGUCUUCAUCCAGUUCAGCCCUCUACUCUUCCUCUUCUUCCGCCUCCCAGUUUAGUACAACCAACCCCAAAUUAGCUAAGAAUGGAGCGAACAUGCAAAGACGAGCUGAAAGCCAACAAAUGGAGCUGAGCAGAGCCAACACAGAGGGCAAAAUUCACAACGAUCUCCUCAAUAACACUGGUUCUGACUGGCUAGAGUUGGGGAAAGACAACUCACAGCUGCCCCCAUUCCGCAGGCGGACCAAGAGCUUCUUAGGAUACCAUGAGAAGGCCUGGGAUCUGGACCUCAGCUGGGGAAAUAAGGAGGAAAAGGUGGAGAAGAAGCAACAGUCCUCCCCAGAGAAGGAGCAGGCUAGUCCUGCCAAAGAGAGGGAGAGCCAGAAGGAAGAGAAGCCCUGCAGCAAACAGGCCUGCCAGGAUGAAAAGGAAGAUGUGGAGCCAGUGGUAGAGGUAGAUGAAGAGGAAGAUGAUCCGACACCAACGCCAAGACAGCCCCUGUUACCGGUGGUGGUAGAAGCCCCCCUCUCCUCCACCUCCUCCUCCUCCACCAACAGUCCAGAAUGGGUUAAUGACAACCAAAACCUCCUCCAGAACCAGGCUCCGACACAGGUCAAAGAGGAGCUCGGUACCCAGGUUCAGGCGACUCCACAAAGUCCUGCAAAACCCCCUCGGAGCGCUCAGCCCCGGGUAAUAAAAGUGGAGCUGCAUCCAAACAAUGAGAACCAGUUCCUGCAGCAGUACCCACCCUCCUCUCCCAAACAGGUCAGAGCUGGAGAGAGGAACACCCCGACCAGGAGUCGAGCACCCCCCGCCCUGCCAGAUCCAGAACCAGAGACCGGGCUCCCUAAAGUGGGCUUAAGAAUGGAUCUAACUCCUGAGACUCCAUCAGAAGACGAGGACUCCAGCUGGACCACCCUGUCUCAGGAGACGCCGUCUCCUCAGACUCCACAGGACACAGCAGAUGUAUGGGGUGAAGGGGACCUGCCCCCCGGCUGGCGGGAGAUCUCAGACUCAUCAGAGGUCUAUUUCUGGCACAUCCCCACUGGCACAACACAGUACCAUCGACCUGUUGCCUCUGGCAACCAAAAUACCUCCCCCAACAAUGAGCCAGGCACGGAGCCACAACAGGAAACACAGGACUCUCUCAAACCACCUAAUGAGCGUCCCAGCAGUCUGAUAUCUGACAGCUCGGUGGAGCCGGUGCCCUCCCCCUCUGGCUCCUCCCACUGCUCCUCCUCCUCCACCCCAUCAAACGAUGUCAUCUCUUCUGGACCAAAUCUGAACACCACCGCCUGCACAGUCAACGAGCUGAAGGACUACCCAGUCUAUCCAGAUCCCAGUCUGAAGGCGUUCGAAGGGGCUACACUUCGCUAUGCUUCACUCAAACUCAACCCUCCAGCCCAACUAGAGACGGUGGAUCUCAACAGUAGCUUUUCUGACCCGGAGGCAAUGUCGUUCCCAGUGCGGUCCCUGGGUUGGGUGGAGAUGGCAGAGCAGGACCUUUGUGAGGGUAGAAGCAGCAUGGCUGUUCACCACUGUAUCAGACAACUGUCCUACUGUCGGAGGGACAUCAGAGACUCCGCUGGUGUUUGGGGAGAGGGUAAAGGUAUGCUGCUGGUUCUUCAGGAUCGAAUGUUGACCCUGGUGGACCCCGAUGACCACAGCCUGCUUCACUCCCAGCCAAUCAGCAGCAUCCGUGUGUGGGGCGUCGGACGUGACCAUGACAGAGAAAGGGACUUUGCCUACGUGGCGAGAGACAAAAACACACGGGUGCUGAAGUGCCACGUGUUCCGAUGUGAUACCCCUGCUGCAGCCAUCGCCACGAGUCUCCACGAAAUCUGCUCCAAGAUUAUGGCUGAAAGGAAAAGUGCCAAGGCUGCAGCUGGCAGCUCCUCCCAGACAGGCUCAGAUGUACCCCUACAAGAGUUUCCCAUGCCAAAGACUGAGCUGGUGCAGAAGUUUCAUGUGUUCUAUCUGGGUAUGACGUCUGUGUCUCGUCCUAUAGGUAUGGACAUCAUUAACGGGGCCAUAGAAAGCCUCACCUCCUCCACUGGAAAAGAAGACUGGACACCUGUUAUACUGAGUAUUGCUGACACCACAGUGGCUGUCAUUAAAGAAAAGGAAGAAGAAGAGGAGGUGUUGGUGGAGUGUCGUGUCCGUUUCCUGUCCUAUGGCGUAGGACGGGAUGUGCACACAUUUGCCUUCAUCAUGGACACUGGAAACCAGCACUUCCAGUGCCAUGUGUUUUGGUGUGAUCCCAAUGCAGGCAGUGUAUCGGAGGCUGUGCAGGCAGCAUGUGUGCUUCGGUAUCAGAAGUGUCUGGUGGCCCGGCCCCCCUCCCAGCGUGCUGGCUCCUCCUCAUCGCCUUCUCCAGACUCUGUGACUCGUCGGGUGACCACCAGUGUGAAACGCGGCGUCCAGUCUCUCAUAGACACUCUGAAACCCAAGAAACAGCCGUCUGAACUUCCCCAGCAAUGACCCAUCACCAGUGACCACCAACACUCCCAGCUGAUGCCACUCACACUAUCGCCACGACAACACCUAAUCAGUACCAGCCAUGGUAACCAUGAUGACGAUGAUGAACACUGAUGUACAUAUAUGUUAACAAACACCACCGCAGAGAAGGAAAGAAGAGAAAUCUGGAAAUUAUGCCUGAUGACGAUGACAAAAAAGAAAAAGCAAACUUAAAAGUUUAAUGAGUACGAAAAAAAGGUGCAGCAUUUGCUGCAGGUUGAACUUCAACCUAUAAUCUCUGCUGUGUCUCAGUAUAUCCCGCUGGCCCUGUAUGGAUUCCUGGGCUUGAUGGAAUACUUGAUCAAGCACUCUCUACAGACAGGAUGAAGGAUAAUCCAGAGGAAAAUUAUUUAAUUUCUCUACAGACUGGUUUAUGGAUCCUCUUUGGUUUAGUCCAUUUUUGUUCAUGCUCUGUACCCCUCUGUACAAACACUAAAAGCUCCAGGACUGGACAGCAGAGAGAGAGAGAGAGAAAACACCAAACUACAGUAGCCUGUCAGGACACAAGCAGUGUCAUCUUGCCAUUACUGAAAUUUGACAGGUGAAUGGAACAGCAACCGACAAGGUUACAGAUGAGUCAGCACCAUCCAGCUGCCCACCAAACUGCAGAAAAAUGUUCAGACCCUUUCAAUGUGUCAAAAUCCUGAGGAUAAUGAGGUUACUGAAAUAAUGAAGAGUAUGUAAAUGAUUGUAUGUAGGAAGAGAGUAUUUAGGGAACAAAAUCUGUAGAUUUGAGGGAGACGAGCUGUUUGUGACAGUAAAAGAAGUGGGCUUUGAUUUUGCAUGUUAUCUUGAUGAGAUGCUGUAUGUUUUAUAUUGAUGACUAAAUGGGGUCUUAAGAGUAAUACAUGUGCGCGGUACAAGACGUUUUCACCUGGCUGACUGGAUUUACACUGGCACAAAAAAAUAUGCCUUCACAGUCGUAAUGUUAAUUCAUGCCUAGAUAAACUCUAAAAGGUUCUGCCCCACCCACAAAUCUACAAUUUCAGAGUAAACCUUUUGUCUUGUUUUUAUUCCUUGAUGAAUGGGUAGGUCA